CCCUCGGCGCUGUCUCCCAAGAAGGUCGGUGAUGACAUUGCCAAGGCCACGGGCGACUGGAAGGGGCUGAGGAUCACGGUGAAGCUCACCAUCCAGAACAGGCAAGCCCAGAUUGAGGUUGUUCCUUCUGCCUCUGCUCUGAUUAUCAAAGCUCUGAAGGAGCCCCCUCGUGACAGAAAGAAGCAGAAAAACAUUAAGCACAGUGGCAGCGUCACCUUUGAUGAGAUCGUGAACAUUGCGCGGCAGAUGCGGCACAGAUCCCUGGCUCGAGAGCUCUCGGGGACGAUCAAGGAGAUUCUUGGAACUGCCCAGUCUGUGGGCUGUAGCAUCGAUGGCAGGCACCCGCAUGAUAUCAUUGAUGACAUCAAUAACGGUGCUAUUGAGUGCCCAGCUAGCUAAGACUGCAGAAAAGAAGUUGCCCUAUGAAGGCUCCUGAAGUUUUUUGUAGCACCUUAAAUAGUUAAUAAAGACUCCGUGGUCUGCAGACAGUGCUGCUGGCUGA